AUGGUGGAAGCCCCAGAGGCGGUUUCUGGGGCAGUGUCGCCUGCGACAUGCUCCGUUACUCUCACCACAAACUCGUACAGUACCUUCAACUGGACUGCGGCCACCACUACCCGCUAUGCAACCUCGCUAGACUCCCCGUUGAAGCUGACGACGACCUACGCUCCUGCUUAUGCCACCGCUUCCAGUCUCCUUCCAGCGAAUGUGACGAUAACAUCCUACUCACUGAACCGUGCUUCCACGUCUGCCCAAGACGGUGCCUACGGUCAAGGCGCGUAUGCUCGUCUCUGGGAGAACAUUAGCUACAACACGAGCAUUCCCUUCACGACGACUAUGUCCCCGACACCAGUUGCGUCUAGCGAGCUGGUAUAUCCCCCGGCACUUUACACGCCUUGCCCUUCUUCCGCGGAGGACUGCUUGACUUGUUAUAAGCUGCCAACGGACUUCAUCUGGGGUGUAGCAGGCUCAGCGUUUCAGAUCGAAGGCGGUCUAACAUACGGCGGGCGUGGCCCGGGAGCUCUGGACACCAUUGGCUCAUUGCCCAACACAGCCGGUACUGCGAACGCAGAGGUAUCAGACAUGAACUAUUUCCUCUACAAACAGGACAUCGCUCGAUUGGCAGCCAUUGGCGUUCCAUAUUACAGCUUCUCGAUCUCCUGGACCCGCAUCUUGCCAUUUGGUAACGUGUCGACCCCUGUCAACCUCCCAGGCCUUCAGCACUACGACGAUGUGAUCAAUACUUGCAUUCAAUACGGCGUUACUCCAGUCGUAACGCUCCUUCACGUGGACACACCGCUGAACAUGACAUACAACGACGAUGCCUUCCCAGAUGCAUUCCUCAAUUACGCCAAGCAAGUCAUGACCCACUACGGAGACCGUGUAAAGUAUUGGGUCACUAUCAAUGAACCCAAUAUCGGGUUCGGCGGCAGCUAUGGCAACCCACCUUACUCCAAGGCUGCCAACGUCCUCCUGGCGAACGCGAAGGUCUACCACUGGUACAAAGAAGUCCUCAAGGGCACAGGUCAGAUCACAAUCAAAUUCGCCAACAAUCUCGCCCUUCCACUUGACUCUACCAACCCGUCAGACGUCCGCGCCGCGCAACGGUAUCAAGACUUCAUCCUCGGUUUUCUAGGAAACUCAAUCUUCCUCGGCCAGAAUUAUCCAGCGGAAAUGCUCAAUACCACUAACUUCAACCUCACAGCUCUGACUGCUGAGCAGUUGAGCUAUAUCAACGGCACCGCGGACUUCUGGUCCUUCGACCCAUAUACCGCGCAGUACGCCACGUCACCACCCAACGGCAUCGAUGCCUGUGCUGCCAACCCUCAAGAUCCCAACUAUCCCGUCUGCGUGAUCAACACGAAUGUCCAGCAAGACGGCUGGCUUAUGGGCCAGGCUUCUUAUGCAUACGCUUAUCUCGCUCCUCAAUACGUACGCCAGCAACUGGGAUACGUAUGGAAUACUUUCAAGCCCUCCGGGAUCUUGAUUGCAGAGUUCGGAUUCAAUCCUUGGCAGGAAUAUACCAAGCCUGUGGUCUAUCAGCUGUAUGACCUGGAAAGGACUCUGUACUACCAGGAAUUCCUGAGCGAGACGCUGAAGAGUGUCUAUGAGGAUGGAGUUAACGUUAUUGGAGCGUUGGCCUGGAGUGUGCUCGACAACGAUGAAUUUACAUCUUACGAGCAACAAUAUGGCGUGCAACAUGUCAAUCGCACGAAUGGCCAAUUCACGAGGAGCUUCAAGAGGAGCAUUUUCGAUUAUGUCGACUUCUUCCACAAGCACAUCGCCGCCUGA